UGUGUCACUGACCUUGGUCCUCACUACGCUACUUGAAAUUGUUCCUGCGUGUCGCUUUGCUCGUGUGCCUCGAGACCAAGACUCCAUAUUUUGUGCUUCUUUUACACACACUGCUUGUGCGUGUGGAGUGGAUUGCGCAAGAUCGAAAGCGUCAGUCAGCUGCUCUAUCUGGAGGGAAGAUAUACAUACAAGUGUCGACUUCUGCUGAUACAAGAUUUAGACACAUUGUUAUCCGACACGUUUUUCUCUCUUGAAGCCCUGACCUUGGCGGUCAUUCGUUAAAGCCAUGGCGACUUCAGACUCUGUCGCGGUUCGCAGAAAGCGCAUAAUGGUUGCGAUGGACGAGACACGUGGCUCGCGCACAGCCUUACGGUGGACCAUAGGCCACGUGGCGUCAGAGGCGAGGACACGGUGCUGCUGCUGUGCGUACAGGACCCGUCCGUGCAGCCAGUGGCCGUGACUCCCCAGGUGCUGGACGGGCUCAUGGAGCGCUCUCGGCAGAUGUGCCAGGAGACGGACAAACAGGUGCAGUGCGAGGGGGUUUUGUGGAGGGUGACGUGCGGGAGAAGAUUGUGUCCAUCUGCGCCGAUAGGGACGUCGACCUCCUUGUGCUCGGCAGCAGGCGCCAACUCUCCUCUCACCGCAUGUUGACGGGCAGCCGGGGCAACUACUGUGCGGUGUGUGCGCCGUGCCCGGUGCUGGUGGUGCGCAUGGCGCCAGAGGAGGAGCAGCUGCGCCUGCAGUGCAACCGCCCGCGCCGCAUCGCUGUCGGGCUGGACCGGAGCGAGGCGAGCGGCGAGGCGUGCAAGUGGGUGCUGCACCACGUGUGCCGCGCAGAGGACCGGCUCUACUUGCUGCACGCGGAUCGAGAACCCAGCUAUGCCAUGCAGGACCGUAUGCUAGCAGCUGAUGGAAAGAAGGCCAACGACUCAAUGAUGCGACCCCACUUUGACGCCCUCAUCUCCCUUGCGCUGCAGACAAAG